UAUCUGAUUGACAUGACUCUUCAGCAAGAUACUCCACUAAGCGUCUUUCCUGUCUUGAAUUAUCUGGAAAUCGAUGGAGCAAGAAGGCUGAAAGAGAUUUUUCAUGGUGACCUGCCACUGGGAUCGCUUCAGAAACUAGAAAGGCUAACUUUACGGGAUUGCCAGUCAUUGGAAGCAAUUUUUGCCUUGGAAGGAUCGGGACAUCAUGUCAAAGAGAUCAACUUCCGUAGUUUGACAGACUUGGCACUUGAAGGUCUACCAAGCUUCACUGGAAUGAGCAGAAGUACUUGUAAGGGGAUGGAAAGGCAACUGGAAGGCAGCAGUCUCUAUCCCAAUAGUUUGACCGUUGAACAUUCACUUUUCUCUGACCCCAAGGUUGUCUUUCCCGUCUUGGAAUACCUGACAAUUAGCCGUCUGGGCAACUGGAAAGAGAUAUGGAAUAGCCGACUUUCACCCAACUCCUUCUCUGAAUUAAGAGAGCUCACUGUCGAGGAUUGUGACAAACUAUUGCAUUUGGUACCAACACAAAUGCAAAAUAGAUUGCAGAGAUUGGAGAGCAUAGGGGUAUUCAACUGUUCUUCACUGGAAGAGAUUUUUGAAGUCGGAAGAUUGACCGUCAAUGAAGGGAAUGCCUCAAUUUCUCAGUCAUACAAAAUACCUUCAAAUAUUUCCCAAUCUGAUCAAGAGAUGCAAAUAAAUGAUAUCAUGGAUUUCAAACAAUCUUGUCAAGGCUUUCAGAAUUUAACUGAACUAGAAGUUAGAUCUUGUGGCAGUUUGAGAUACCUGCUCUCUCCUUCGAUUGCCAGAGGUCUUGCCAAGCUCAAAUAUCUAACUAUAAGAUCUUGCGAGAUGAUCGAAGCAAUAGUCGCAGCAGAUGAGGGUGAAGAAACAGAGGAUGAAAGCAUGCUCCCUCAGCUAUAUUAUUUGGCUCUUGUGGAUCUACCCAAUCUUGGAAGCUUUUCGCAAGGCAAAUAUACUUUUGAUUGGCCACUAGUGGAAUGGAUCAUAAUUAACAAAUGCAACAAAAUGAACAACUUCUGUUCAGGAUCCCUCAGCAUCUCAAGGGAAGUGAGGAUACGAGUCUCUGAUUCUGGUGAGAAUCUCAAGCAGGAGCUGAAUGAUAGCAAGAAAGAAAGCUGAUCAGAUCUGGACGCAGUGCAUUUCUGCUCGUGGAGAAGUUAAUCUAGGAGUGGCUUGGUACAAGUCGGUUGGGAUGUUCUUUAUGUCUGCCGCAUUUUCCGCUCGAGCUCACUUCAGCCUGGGGAGCGGUGGCGACAGACACUUGUUUAAUCUAGUUGUGUGAUGAGUAGAAAAGAUAAGAAAAAAACGAUUGUUCUUGUAGUUUGAAUCCUUGUGUGUAUUUCAGAUUUUUUGUAGUCUUCUCGAAAAAAAGAAAAAAGAAAAAAAGAAUUUGUGUUAGUUAUCUGUGAUUGAUAUUGAGAGUUUUGGCCCAUUCUUGUGAUCUUGUCUGUAAUUUGGAUUUCUUAUCUUCUUGUGAAUUUGGAAACAACAACAAGUAGUUGUGUUGUAAUC